AGAGAUACUUUCACUUCUCCUUUCCCCAUUUGGGCGGAGCUCUCUGUGUGUGAGGCAGAUCACAAACUUCCUGCUCUGGGCUCGGCAGCUGCCCUGAACCAGGCCACCCCAACAGGGUUCGGAGGCGACCCCGGAGGCCCAGGCGGGGCGCAGGAGGGCCCGGAGUGCGACGAUGGACGAUGGACGCAGAGACCUCAGCACCAGGUAAAAUUGAGGACUGCAAUGAAGGUACAACUUUGGAAAAAGUUUCAGUUUGCCACAUCCAGGUGCCUCCAGGAACUCUUCAACACAGGGCAUCCACAGAAGACCAGAACAUUGACGACAGACUUAUCUAUGAGACUCUAUUCAAACACUUCAAAAGACACAAGGUGGAGAUUUCAAGUGCAAUUAGAAAGCCAUUUCCUUUCUUUGAGUGCCUCCGGGACCGUGAAUUCAUCACCAAUAAAAUGUAUGACGAUUGUCAAGAUUCUUGUAGAAACCUGGUCCCUGUACAAAGAGUGGUGUAUAAUGUUCUCAAUGAACUGGAGAAGACAUUUGACCUGCCACUUUUGGAAGCAUUGUUCAGCGAGGUCAACAUGCAAGAAUACCCUGGUUUAAAGCACAUUUAUAGAAGCUUCAAACAUGCAAUCGAUUACCAAGGCAGUGAUGAGGAAGACGUACCCGGUGGUCCUAGUAUCCAAGCCAACCACGAGCAAGAAACUGAUGAAAACUCACAUCGAAGCCUGACCUGGUCAUGCCCACAAUCCUCAUCUUACCACGGUACAACCCCACCUGCAAAUGGACUCUUGGAGAAACUCUGUGAACCAGAACAGAUAAAUGCAAAGAGAACAGAUGCAACCAGUGACAAAAAUGAUGCACUAGAAAUCCAACAAGUGAAUGAGGAGUGUGCCCAAGAAUCUGAGCCAGCAGAGUCCUGUGAACAACCACCCAGCCAAGUGGAUAAUGGAGACACGAGAGAAGACACACCCAGCCCAUUGCCCCGUGAUGGAGAAAGAGCAGAGCUACCCAACCACGGAAUCCAACUCAAUCCCUGUUCUGUAUCUCUGGUGAAUAUAAAGAAGGAAAAGCCUUUUUUUAACUUGAGAGUUGAACGCCAAGCCCAAGCAAGGGCUAACUGUGACCAAGCAUCUGACAUAAUAGUGAUCAACAGUGACUCCGAGGAAUCCCGUGAUGAAGACGAGCCCCCAGAGCCCCCAGAAGCCUCCACGUCAGCGCUGGAAAGCAGACCUGACGCCAUGAGUUGCGGAAAAUCGACUAAAUCCAAAAAAAGAGUUUGGGAAGUAGUGAAAAGAUUUGAUGACUCUUCAGAGUCCAGUGAGGAAGAGGAGCCCCUGACAGCCUCGAGCUCAGCGCUGAGAAGUGAUUCUGAUGAGGAGGAUCCUGCGGAUGUUGGAAACAAAUUUACUUGGGGAACAAACAAGAGGAAAAGAUACUCCCUGGAUAAGCAAAGGAACUGGAAGAAGUAUGUUCAGACAAGUGGAGAUGGGAUCAGCGGUGAUAACUUUUCAGAAUUAAGUCAUACAGAACAACCUCAGGAAUCGUCUAGCUCAGUCCUAAGAAGUGGGUCAGUGUCCUGUGAAUUCAAAGCUCUUCAGAAGAAUAAAGGAAGAGAGUCAGAAGAGAUGCCAGCCUAUAAGCAUCUGAUGGAGAAGCCAGAAGGUACUUCAAGAGGUCAAAGAGCAAGGGCUGAGAGUAGCCAAGCAUCUGACAUAAUGGAUACCACGGAUAUUGGAAACAACUCUGCUUCGGGAAAACACAGGGAGAAAAAAAGAAAAAAGAGAAGAUAUACACGUAGGAACAGCAGUCACCAAACAGUGAGAAGGAGAAGCAGACGUAGAAGCCAAACUCUGAAUAAAAGAACGCUACAGAACAGAGGCAAACCAAAAGGGAGAAAAAUAGUCAAAACCGGGUCUUUGAGAGGAGGCAGAAAAAGAGGUCAAAGAAUUCCCAGAGAUAUACAUAUGAAUUUUUCCCAUCCGCAACUUCCUGUGACCUGUGGAGAGGCAAAGGGGAUUUUACAUAAGGAGAAAAUGAAACAAGGAACCUCAGAGAAGUGUAUAGAGGCUAUGAAUGGAAAGUGGCUCACCCUCAGGGAAUUCGAAGUUGAAGGAAACCGCUCACAAUCCAAGAACUGGAAGAUGAGCGUGAGAUGUGGCGGAUUCCCCCUAAAAGAUCUGAUUGAGAAUAAGAGUCUACCAGACCCGCCAAGAAGAAGAAGAAGAAGGCAGACGAUACCAGAGCCUAGCAGCAAUGACUUUUUUGAUCCUAAUGACCAUUGCGGGGAGCUCUCACUAUAAAAUGAUGUGCGGCUGUACUGAUACAGGAUGCUUAUGGAGAGGGGAUAGAAAAGGAUUGCCAUGCCCUCUGGUCCUCUAGCGAACGCAUUGCCCAGCACGGUCUAGAUGCAUCCACAUGACUUCGAUUCCUCUGCUGGAGGUGGGACUCUUGAGUAGAGGAAUAGCUCUCAUCUCUGGGGUCUGCACAACUUUUCUGAUAACUGGAAUGGACAUAGGGUUAUUUCUCACAGCUCGCAAUCAAGCCCUCUGUGAAGAUAAAAAGGCAACUCUUCUAACAAGAAUGUCCUCACUCCUUUUCAUAACCUUUCUGUGACAGAUUUUGUAGGCUGAUAAUGAAUCUACUCACAGCUCCCAGGCUUUGCCAGGAGAAGUCCUUCUAGAGCUUGGGCUCCCGGGCUUGGCGGCACGUGGCAACCUGCUGGAGGUGCCACCCACAGAGGUUCUGAUGGUAGUGUUCUGGGGUGCUGCCCGGGGGUCAAGAUUUUCCAAAGCUCCUCUGGCCAUUUUUUUUGUUUUUGUUUUUUAAGAUGUUAUUUAUUUGACAGAGGCAGACAGCCAGCGAGAGAGGGAACACAAGCAGGGAGAGUGGGAGGGGAAGAAGCAGGCUCCCAGCAGGGAGCCUGAUGUGGGGCUUGAUCCCAGAAUGCCGGGACCACGCCCUGAGCCGAAAGCAGAUGCUUAACAACUGAGCCACCCAGGCGCCCCUCCUCUGGCCAUUUUGAUGCACAGCCAAAGUUGUGGGCCCUGGUGGGAUGGUGCUGUUCAGUCUGUAGUGUCCAUCCGAAUCUCCCGGGCUUCUGAUUCAGUGAGUGAGGGAUGGAGCCUGAGAAUUUACACUUCCAACAAGAUUCGUGGGUGCUGUUCCUGCUCUUCCAGAAACCACUACCUUAGAAGCCAGAGGCCUCCACUAACGACUGCACCUUCAAACCAUCUGGGGAAUGUUUAAAACAUACCGCCUCUGUCCUCCCCACCUCGGGGAAGCAAACAACCCAAAUCACGUGCAAUUAAUUGAAUCUCUGAGGAUGGGGCCUCGGGCAUCAGAAUUUUUUAAAGCUCCCCAGGAUCUACUGCAACAGGUGGAGAGCCACUGCCAAGCAAAAGGACAACUUUCUUGCUAAAAAGAUUAAAGAGAUGUACGUCGAGUCUUGGGCUUCCUAGACGAUGGACCUUCCUACACGGGAUUGGCAUGUUUAUUCAUUUUUUGUCAGGGCCUGCGUACAGUGCGCUUUAUAAAAUGAUGGUCCAGAAACAACCUCCCAGCAAUGGUCAGCAUCCACGAGUGUCAUCUGUUAUGGCAAAAAAGAAAAAUGUUUACAUGGCCCACACCAGGCCCAUGUGGGGAUGUAUCCGGGGAUGUCCCUUCCGGGCCAUUCCUUAAGUUUUACCUUUCAAUAAAGGGAGCACAUGGGCCAGAUACAAGAGCCUAGAA